CCCCGUUAUAACCCGAUCACCCUUUUAACAUUGUAUGAUCGCCAAUUUCCUUCUCCGUUUUUGGUAUACGGCUUAAAACAGCGUCAUGUUGCUUCAAACAUAUAGGAUAUACAUAUUUCUGUGUGUCUUGGUGUGUAUGUAUAUUAAUUUUUCGUGUGCUUCAAUAAUUUUUGGAAUAGAUUCCAUUCAAGGUGAUAUUUUCAAGAAAAACUGUUCAGAUCCACCCGUGGAAACCAGAGAAGAGAUGGCGGACGUUGUUCUGACCGGAACUGUGAAGAAAAAGUCCCCGGAUCCCCGGAAUCGGAACUUGUAUUCAGCAAGCGUAGAGGUGAAGAGGGUUAUGAAGGGCAAGGAAAAACUAUUUGGGGUCAAGGGCAUGACCUCGGUCAGGGGUCGCAUGGUGACCAUACGAGGGUUUGGGGAUCCGGGGAUUUGUGAGAGUGACGUAAGAGUGUUCGAUACUCGUAUUCUGAUGGUGACCUUUGAGGACGGGGUGACCUUGAGACUUAAUUCUAGUGUAAUCAGACUGUCAUUGAGGAGCCUGAAGCGCGUGGAAAACGCUGUCAAAGAUAUUCCAUAUGAUGCUCCACCAAAGAAGACAAGAUCUCCCUGUGAUCUCAGCUUCUGUCCUUUCCAUGCUCAUUGUAUCGUUAAGGAGGACAAGGCGUACUGUGAAUGUAUAGAUAAAUGUUCCUCAGACGGUCAGCUAGUCUGUGGAACAGAUCACACCACCUACAGAAACCUGUGUUACCUCAAAAAGGCCAGCUGUGAGGAAAGGAGGCGUGUCAACCAAGCCUACACAGGGAAAUGCCUACACACGGAAAUAUGUAAGGAUCUGGCGUGCACCUCCCCCCAGGUGUGUAUCGUUGACCCCGACACUCGUAUCCCGCGCUGUGGGUGUGUCCAGAAGUGUGAGGACCGAAUGGCUCAGGUGUGCGGGACGGAUGGACGUCAGUACAGCAACAGGUGUAUGUUAGAACUUCACGCAUGUCAGAGUCGGCAGAAUAUCAAGGUCAAGAACGAGGGACCCUGCCAAGAUUAUAGGCAGCUGACCGAUGACAAUGGUGAAAUUAAGCCAAUGCGUGAGGGUCCAUGUGCCUCCGUGACAUGUUAUUACGGUUCGUGCCGGAUUGACAACCGUAAUCGGGCCAUGUGUGACUGUGAGCCAGAGUGUCCCGACCCUGGGUCUGACCCCCCGGUCUGUGGGUCUGAUGGACAGAACUACCGCAGCGAAUGUCACCUCAGGAAGGAAGCCUGUGAGAGCGGGAAGUUGAUCAGCAAGAUACGGGACGGACCAUGUGCCUCUAUACCAGUGUCUUGUCACACUAAGCAGUGUGGUCGAGAUCAGAGAUGCGUGGAGGAGAAUGGCCGCGUGAUGUGUAUGGACAAGCCGUGUAAAAAUUGUCGGGGGGAACCAUUUAAACCUGUCUGUGGCAGCAAUGGGGCGUCUUAUGACAACAUGUGUGAAUUACUGAAGGCUAAUUGUACAACAGGAAGUGACAGCAUCAUUAAUCUACAACAUUAUGGUUAUUGUGAUAAAGAUGGCUGUGGGGACAUGAGAGGGGCGUGUGAGUACUACGGAGUGUGUAACAGGCGGGGGGGAUCUGCUCGGUGCGUGUGUCCUGACGCUAUAGACUGCUGGGGAGCUGACUCAAAAAUCUGUGGCAGUGACCAUAAAACAUAUGAGAGCGAAUGCAUGAUGAAAGUGACGUCGUGUAACGAGAGGAGGGUUAUAUCUGUGACAUCAGUGGGGGAAUGUACCACGUGCCAGGAGGAGUGUGGGUUUUUCUCUAAGUGUAUGUACGGUCGCUGUGAAUGUGAUGCGUUUUGCUCCUCUGAGGGUCCUCCCGUCUGUACCAGUGACGGACAGAGGUUUAACAAUGACUGCGAGAGGAGGAGGAAUGUGUGUGAGAAUCGACGGCAGCUCAAAGUCGUGCCUUGUGAAACUAAAGGUUGUACAUCUGACUAUGAGUGUCUUUACUAUGGUCAGUGUAUUAAAGGCGUCUGUCAGUGCGGCCGUGUCUGUCCCCGCGUGCAGAAGACCGUGUGCACAUCUGACGGUCAGGAGUUCUAUAACGAGUGUGAACUACAGAAACACAUGUGUCAGCAGCAGAUCUCCCUGACGUACACCAUCGGGGAGUGUCCCAGAGAAGGUUCAGGAUCGGGGGCAUCUGGGGAUGGCUUGGAAGGUUCCGGUGAGGAGGAGUUUACGAGGUUAUUGAUGUGUGACGACAGUUUGUGUGCCUACGGAGGAAUAUGUCUGCCGUACCCCGAUGGAACACAUAGAUGUACAUGUGACUUUGGAUGUAUUGCUGUGAGAGAUCCUGUGUGUGGAUCAGAUGGACAGACCCACGGGAACCAGUGUGAAAUGGAAGAAGCAGCGUGUAAAGCCGGCAAAUCUAUUGUAGCCGUGAAUCCAGAAAACUGUGGCAAUGAUUUACUAGAGGAGGCUUGUGAUGGUAGCACUGCUCUUGUGAACCCAGUAACAGGCCGGGAUUAUAACUGUUCAUCAGAACUGUGUCCCCCCAUAAGCUACUGUCAUCUUAAAUAUGGCAAAUGCUGCCACGAAGAAAAAUCAGAUAUUGUCGCUGGGUGCUUGGACACCAAAUUUGGAUGUUGUCCAGAUCAGGUGACCAUAGCUGAGGACGCGGAUCAUAAAGGCUGUCCUUCUGAUUGUGGUUGUAAAAGUCCAGGCUCGCGCUCUAUGUCAUGUGACCCUAAAACCAAAGCAUGUGAAUGCCAUCCAGGGGUCGGAGGUCAGAAGUGUGACAAAUGUAAGCCGGAAUACUGGGGUCUCAAUCCCGAGACGCGGCAGCAAUACACACCGGGGUGUGUCAGUUGUGACUGUAAUCCUUUUGGUUCCACUCGCUCGGAUUGUAAACAGAACGAUGGUGGGUGUGUCUGUAAACGAGGGGUCAAAGGUCACAAGUGUGAUACUUGUGAACAUGACGAGAGUCCAGUCUCAUUUGAUGUCUGUGGACAGGAUGUGCAGGCUAUUUAUAACCCUGAACACAGCUGUAGCAGAUCGGCCGGGGAGUGUCAGUUUGGGGCGUAUUGUCAGGACACGCUCUACGGAGCCGAGUGUCGCUGCGAUCGAUUGUCCUGCUUCUUUUAUCCAGAGGGUGGCUACUCUAUAUGUGGCUCGGACGAUAAGACGUACAUCAAUGAAUGUCACAUGUUUUUUGAGAGUUGUAAACAACAGAGGAACAUCACAGUUAAAUACAUAGGGCCUUGUACAGGGAGUGCCACAAGUCAUCCAUCCUCGUAUACCCGAACCCGAAAGACAACGGGACGACGAAUUGGUGACUACACUCAGAGAACAACAACACGGACAACAAGACGACCACCAGUAGGAGGAAGGAAAAUCAAGGAUAUCUGUUUUGCCAGACAUGACUGUAUUGCUAACAACAGCGAGUGUCACAUGGGAGUAUGUCGCUGUAAGGCGGGAUUUAUCAGUACCCUGGACGACACAGACUGUAAAAAGGUCCUGGAGAAGGCGCUAGAUAACAGGACGUAUAUAAACCCGUGCUCGGACAGUCCCUGUCUAAAUAACGGUCAAUGUCAGCUCGACGCGUCCCUGGGGUACCGCUGUCUGUGCCCACUGGAGAAAGCUGGUCCCAUCUGUCAUAAAGCUGCCAAGUUCUCUGUGCCCUCCUUUACUGGGAACAGCUCUUACCUCCAGCUGAGACAGAGGACCAAACCAAACAAUGACCUUAUGUUCGAGAUUCGGGUGAAAAUUCUGAACAAUGACGGAAUUAUUACCUUUGCCAGUCAGUAUCCUAACGGAACUGGGGAUUUUAUAGCCGUCACUGUCGUCAAUGGCUACCUGGAGUUCAGGUAUGACUUGGGGAGUGGUCUAGCUCUGAUCCGAAGUCGAGACCAGCUGAAGAGAAAUGUGUACCACAAAGUCGUGGUCAACAGAGUGGGCAAGUCUGGUCAGUUACAGGUGGACAACAGUCCAGUCCUACAGGGGGAGAGUGAAGGGGCACUGACCUCUCUUGACCUUGGGGAUUUCCUCUACCUGGGGAACAUUCCUGAUGAAGCUAAAGGGGCCAAGAAACUGCUGGGUCUACAGGUCGGCCUGGCAGGUUGUAUCGACUCCUUCGCUGCAGGGAGCACCAUGUCCCCCUAUACCUACAGCCUGAGCUAUCCCUCCAGGAGCGGGGAUCUAGUCUCGGGAUUGGACGUGUGGGAGUGUGGCAGCAACCCCUGUAGUUCCCUCCCCUGUCAUAACGGGGGAUCCUGCUUCAUGGCCGAUAAGGAAGUCUUCCAUUGUGAAUGUGAACCUGGAUUUACAGGUGAUUUUUGUGAGGUGGCAUUAGAUCCGUGCCUGAGAGCAAUGUGUAAGGAGGGAUCUACAUGUGUUGUGACAGAGGACGGAGGAUUCGAAUGUCAGUGUCCAGCUAACAUGGAGGGGCAGUUCUGUGAAAACGAGAAACUGGAGAGGAUAGCUGUUCCAGAGUUUAAUGGGUCGUCUCUGAUAAACCUUCCUCUCGGAGAAGUUGGAAGUCAUUCAGUGUCGAUCAGAAUCUGGUUCAAAUCAGCAAAACCCAACGGUGUGCUGCUGUAUGCUAGUCAGUAUCCACAAGGACUUGGUGAUUACAUUUCUCUGAACAUCAUUGAUAGACAGCUGGAGUUCCGAUUUAACGUCGGCACAGGAACAGUUGUAAUCAGGAGUACAAAGACAAUCAAACUGAACAAAUGGCAUGAUGUGUUGAUGCAGAAAAGUGACAGAACUGGGACUCUACAAGUAGAUAGUGACCGUACUUAUACAGGAAUGUCACAGGGAAUUCUAACGGAGCUGAACUUGUCUAACAGUGUGUUACAUGUAGGAGGCUUCAAUACCAGUGUUCCCAGAGACUCUCAGAUCAAAGCUAACUUCACCGGAGUUAUACAGAGGAUCUACAUUAAUGGACAUCUAUAUGACAAUCUGAUUCAAUCAGCCACGUCCUCAGUCAACGUCAGGGAGUACCACGGCCCCCCGUGUAAUGUCAACCCUUGUAUGAACUGGGGAGUGUGUGUACCACGACUAGAUGAGGCCGACUGUAAAUGUCCAACCAAGUACAUCGGGGCCCGCUGUGAGAAAAUGGCUGAUCUUAAAAACAAAGACUUACCCGUGGCAUUUGAUGGCAGCACCUUCCUACAGUAUCCUAAUGAAAUAACUAUACAACAAACAGCCCAGAGGGUGAACAGAUACAGCAUUGUGUUCAAGACCAGAUCCCCGACCGGCCUCAUUUUGUUCCAGAACGGACGGAGUAACAUCCUGGGUGACUACCUGGCCCUAGCUGUGGUGGGGGGACAGGUGGAGCUCAGCUACAAUCUGGGUAAACAGUCCGAGGGAGAUCUCCACAUCAUCCGGUCCUCGGUCAAGGUGGACGACGGACAGUGGCAUCAUGUCAUUGCUCUACGGGAUGAGAGGGAGGGAAGUUUACAGGUGGAUGGUGAAGUCCCUGUGGUGGAUCAAUCAUCUGUAGGGGCAGACCAGUUAGACACCAACGGCAGGCUGUGGAUUGGUGGUAAAACAGAACUUCCCCUGGGUCUGCCAAAGGAGUACUACACCGGAUUUACUGGAUGUAUAAAGGAAGUCCUUGUAGACUAUAAAUCUCUACAUUUGUUGGAGAACAGAAAUGAACAGAGUACCAGUUUAAUCAGAAACUGUGGAACAUCAUAGCAGAAUAAGGAGAUAAGUUUAUACUUCAUGUGGACAGAGCACCGAGAUGUGGAAUAUAGCAGGGUGAUGAAACCAGUUUAUCAAAUACAGAGUGAGAGAACCAGACUAGUAUAUUUUUUUUUUAUUUCAUCACCCAUUAUUUAUAGCCUCAUGUGGGAUGUGUAUGUAGAUGUCUUUAAAAGUGGACUUUUCUGUUGGAUUUUGAUAACUGGUCAUCUGAAGUGGUGAUAUCAGCAUGAGGCUUUGAAGCAGACUCUUUGUCAAAUAAUUUAACA